AUGGCUCCCGCAAAGGCUACCUCCAAGGAUAAAUAUUCCGUCAUUCUGCCCACCUACAAUGAGCGACGCAAUCUCCCCAUCGUGGCCUGGUUGCUGAACCGUACGUUCACAGAGCAUAAGCUCGAUUGGGAACUGAUCAUUGUCGACGACGGCUCGCCCGACGGCACCCAAGAGGUUGCCAACCAACUCGUCAAGGCAUACAGGCCCCACGUUGUCCUCAAGCCUCGUGCUGGCAAGCUCGGUCUCGGUACUGCCUACGUCCACGGUCUCCAGUUCGUGACCGGCAACUUUGUCAUUAUCAUGGACGCCGACUUCAGCCACCACCCCAAGUUCAUCCCCCAGAUGGUUGCCACCCAAAAGACGGGCAACUUCGAUAUCGUGACUGGAACCCGCUACGCUGGCAAUGGUGGCGUUUACGGAUGGGACCUCAAACGCAAAUUCGUCAGCCGUGGCGCAAACCUCUUCGCGGAUACCGUCCUGCGACCCGGUGUCAGUGACCUGACUGGCAGUUUCCGAUUAUACAAGAAGAGCGUGUUGGAAAAGGUUAUCUCCAGCACCGAGAGCAAGGGUUACACCUUCCAGAUGGAAAUGAUGGUGCGGGCCAAGGCUAUGGGCUGCUCCGUUGCCGAGGUUCCCAUCUCGUUCGUCGAUCGAGUCUAUGGCGAGAGCAAGCUUGGUGGUGACGAGAUCGUCGAGUAUGCCAAAGGCGUUCUCAGCCUAUGGCUGAAGGUAUAA